AUGAACAACCUUUCAGAACAAGAGCAGCUGCACUCCUCCCCCGCAUUUCCCGAAUCACCUACUCUUGUCCUCCUGACCUCAUUUCUUCCCCACUUGAUUCUAACUCCUCAUUCCCCGUCGUUCUUGACUCUCGCUCCAUUCUCUCCCCCGUCCCUCUCCCUGCCUCCCGUUCCCUCCUUUUUCUCCCAUCCCCUCCCCUCCCUGUUCCCCCUCCCCCCCCCCGCUCUCCCAUUAUUUUCCAGAAUACCCUUGCCCCCCGCGCGUCUACUCUCCUCCGCCCACUCGCUAGCCGCCGGUUCCCCCUUCCGCACCGACUGUUGCGCCACUCCGCCAAGCGCAGCGCGCGCUCCCCCCCGCAGGCGAAGGGCGUGGCGCGCAGCUGCUGCAGAGGGCGCGGGCGAGGCAAAUGCGGGGGCGGCGCCGCUGGUGUCCGCCGCAGGCGAUGGCGCAGUGAGGGCGGGUGAGUGGCAGUGGGGGAGGGGGGGGUUGCGGCGUAUCCCUUCCUCCGCUCCCCUCCCUCCUUCUCCCCCCCCCACUUCUCCCCUCCCCACCCUUCCCCACUCCCCCAUUCCCCCCUUCUUCCCCCACUUCCCAUCUCCCACGUUCCACCCUGCACCGUUUCCUCUUUCCCGUCUUCCCUCUCCUCCAGUCUCCGCCACACGCUCCGGUCUCUUCCGCUCGCCAGUAUCCGGAGGGGUAGAGAGCGCCACGAGCGCCCACGGCCUACCCGCGCCAGCAGUGGCGGUGCGCAAUCUGGUGGAGCAGGCGCAGUACGCGCAGCUCUGCUCCAUCAUGUCCCGCUCGCACCACCGCCGCAAGGGGUACCCCUUUGGGUCGCUCGUUGACUUUACCACUGACGCUGACGGCCACCCCGUGUUCCUGCUCUCUCCACUGGGCAUGCAUUCGCGCAACCUGCAGUCGGACCCGCGCUGCACCGUGGUGGUGCAGAUCCCAGGGUGGAGCGGCCUUGCCAAUGCCCGCGCCACCAUCUUUGGGGACCUCUACCCCCUGCCGCCCAGCCAGCAGGAGUGGGCGCGGGGCUUCUAUGUGAAGCGGCACCAGCACGGGGCAGCGCAGCAAUGGGGAAACUUCCACUUUUACCGCAUGGAUACCAUCUGUGACAUCUAUUUUGUGGGGGGCUUUGGCACGGUGGCGUGGAUAGAUGUGGCUGAGUAUGUGGCUGCCACGCCUGACACCGUGGCCACCAACCACGUGGAGCACACACUGCAGGAACUCAACGAUCGGCUGGGAGCCGAUCUAAGGGCAGUGCUGGCGGGGUCGAGCCCCCAGCAGGCCAUCGACGACGCUUCGUUUAUCAGCAUCGACAGCAAGGGGGUUGACAUCCGCGUGCGGCAUGGUACUCAGUUCCACGUGCAGCGCCUGUCCUUCACCACAUCAGACGCAGUGGACUCACUGCCAGCAGCAGAGGCAGCGCUGCGCCGCAUCCUCGCCUGCCCCUCGCUCGUGCUCCCCAACGGCACCCCCCUGCUCUGA